AUGGCGUCAAAAACAAUGCUGGAUUUGGUAAAAGAAGCCAAUUGUCGACUUUUAUUUUCGGCAUUGGAUGAGAUCGAGGGGAAUAAAUCGCUUGUUUGGGGUGAUGAAGAUAUGAUCAAGUUAGCUAAUCUGUUUGUUGGGGGCCGACAGCUGAAAACAUUGGUACAAGAGAUGUUGUCAUUAUAUAAGCCAAAAGCUCCCUCGACCCCCAACGUCGUCUAUUUUCUCCAUUCAACUAUUGAAGCGGUGGAUAAAUUAAUCGACCAUAUGCAGCGGAUUAACACCUCGAAUGCUUGUAACUAUGUAUUCUUUGUCCCAGAUGUAUGGUUUGUCGCUCGUGAACGUUUGAUGGAGAAUACGGCGAUUUACUCACGAAUCGAAUGGGUUCGGUCUUUGCCUUUGCGUUGGCUGCCGUCUCCCGCAGGAAUUGCAAGCCUCAACCUACCCGAUCUGCAUUCCCGGGUUCUUCUCAACGGCGAUUGGACAUAUUUGCAUAAAUGUGCGUUGGCGGUGGAUCAGCUGGAAUCAUGGUGCAGACAUCCGAUCCCAAUUUUUGCUUCUGGAAAAUGGUCCGAAGAAGUUUUAAAUAUGUUUGCAAAGAUGAGGAAUAAUGGACCUGGAAGGACAUCGAAUCCAGCCGGAUUGGGAUUAAAUAGGAUUGUCAUGGUGGAUCGCUGGUUGGAUGUCCUUACACCAAUGCUUAUACAACAAACUUACGCCGGACUGCUUGCCGAACAGUACGGUUUUCGAUUAAAUGGAAGUAUUUCGGUUGAUCAAGCUGAAUACGAACAGAAAGCUCUACCCCAGCCCGGAAAAAUGGAUAUCCACCUAUUCGAUGAAGUCUUCGAUAAGGUAAAAAAUGCUCAUCGUGACUGUUUCGCACAAGAAAUUUCACCGGUCUUGAAAGAGCUGAGGGAAUUCAAGGAGAUUGAUCGCGAAAAAAUGUCAGUUGCUGAAAUCAAAAAAAUCGUGGCAAUGCUGGAUGGUCACAACCAAAAGAAAAUGCUCGCUGAUCGGCACAUGAGAUUGGCGGAAAUGUUGACGCCCCCAUUUCGCGACAAACUUUUUGAUAUUAUUUUAAUAGAGCAAGGUGAAAAGACCCAUAGCUUUAUUGAAGAACUGAUCAUCGCUGCUGGUCCUAUUAAUGAUGCCUUGAGGUUAAUUUCCUUGCAGUCUACUUGCAGUGGAGGAUUGAAGACCGCAGUAAUGAACGCAUACGACAAGAUGAUUUUUCACUCCUACGGUUCAUCUGGGAUGAACCAGAUGCUCAAGUUAAAGAAGAUCGGACUGAUCCGCGAGAAAUCGAGUUCACGAAUGCAAUGUACUGAUUAUCCGGCUUUGCAGUGGACAAGUGCGAAGCGUACGCGGCGUGUUUUAGUCGAAGACUCGGAUUUGCCGGCUAAUGAACCUCAAAUCCCUUACCGAGGCUAUAUCCCGUUGCUGGUUCGCAUUAUCGAAGAAGGGUUUUCCGUCAAUUUUGCAACCUGGAAAUCGAAUGGAGUCAGCAAUAGGCUACCGCCUCAUGGAACUGUGAUACUUGUACUUGGUGGUGUCACCGCGGGUGAAUCAGCGGCGCUACAACGAAACCCCGAUAUCUCGCUAGUUGCAGCUAGCGACCUUACCGAUGGCCAUCGCCUUAUUAACCAUCUCACCAACAUUGUCGAU